AUGGCACAGCCAGCGAGGAACUCGGCUCUGCGAUAUUUCGAUGUCGCAGUCACUUUUACUGCAGAUCAGUUCCGCGGUAUCUACCGUGGCAAACAGUACCAUGAGCCCGACUUUGCCGAGGUUCUGAAAAGAGCUAAGGAUUAUGGCUGCGAAAAAGUGAUGCUUACCACUAUGUCACUUGAGGGGGCGAAGCAAAACCUACAACUUGUCAGGGAAUUUCCAGAAAUGUGCAAAAUGACGCUUGGGGUACAUCCGUACCAUGCUGGCGAAAUCUACGAGGCACAGGGAUCUCAGGAGGGUUCCAAUCAAUAUCUGGAAACAAUUCGCAAAAUAGGCGAGGGAUUAUUUGCCGAAAAGCCUUCCCCUCUCGCAGCAUUCGGCGAAAUUGGUCUUGAUUAUGUCUAUCUUGACCGUGCAGACAAAGAGACACAGCAGCGUGCGUUCAGGGAUCAAUUGGAGAUGGCUACAGAAUUUCAGCUCCCAUUAUUUCUACACGUUCGCGAAUCCACCGAAGAUUUUAUCUCAAUCAUAAAACCAUAUCUGCCAAAGCUGCCGCGAGGUGGCUUGGUGCAUUCAUUUGCUGGCUCCAAGGCGGAGAUGCUUCAGCUUGUGGAACUGGGUUUGGAUAUCAGUGUUAAUGGUGUGUCUUUCCGCAGCGAUGAGCAGAUUGAAAUGGCCAAAUAUGUCCCCUUUGAACAAAUUGCAACUCGAAACCGACGCUCCGUGGUGCGAGGUAUUGGAAACGGACCCGAAAAUCGAACCAUUCCUUGCUGCUGCAAGACCUCUACCCCCAAGCAGAAAGCACAAUAA